UGUGAGAAUGAGGUUGAUGAUAUCAAACGAACACUGGAUAAAGGAAAACUAGAAGAGGAAAUAAUCCAUGGAAGUGAUUAUGCUUGGGGGGAAAGGGAGCAGGUUACUAAUUCAGAAACCAAUGUCAUGGUCAAGAGGCUGGAAUCUGUGACAGCAUUUGAUGUGCAACCCUUAAACAGCAACGAAACAAACAAUGGGAAUGAAGAUUCAACUACACAGAUGGAUGACGACGACUCUUCUCAGCAGGAUGCUAAGCUGAACCUCUCUGAUUCAAAUAGUCAGGUGUCUGAGAUUAGUGAAAGUGGUGCGUCUGUGGUACCUUUGGGUGGGUCAAGUGCUCAAAAUUGUGAAAUCCCGACUGAAUUCAGGAAGUCAGAGAUGCAACUUGAAAAUGAUGGCUCGAAACCCCUUCACGUGGAUGCGAAGCUCAACUCUGCUGAUAUAAACUAUCAGGUUGAUGUAGUUACUGAUGAUGUCAAUUUCCUAGAACUUAAGCCUGAAAUGGUGCAGUCAUUAUCCAGCAAUGUUGUCCCUGAUGGUGGUGAAUCCUAUUCCGUAGAUGUUGAAGAGUUACGUGACAACAAGGUAUCUGUGGAAGAGACAGGUGGCAGCAAUGUUGAAAAGGUAGAUACUCUCAUGAAAAAUAAUGCUGGAAAAUUGGGUUCUCAUGAAAAGUUAAAUUUAGACCAAACAUCUGUUGAUGGUUCCAUGGAAGAGGAUGUAUUGGAGAGUAAACAGAUGGAUUCUAAAUCUAAUUGUGAUGAAAUGAGAGAGAAAGGUGACAAAACUGAAAUGCCAACUAUGAAAGAGGAGGAUAUAUUGGAGAGUGAACAGAUGGAUUCUAAGUCUAACUUUGAUGAAAUGAGAGAAAGAGGUGAGAAAACUGAAAUGCCUGUUGUGAACGAGGAAGAUUGUGUUGAUGUUGUUGGUGAUGAUAACAUAGCCGAGCCUUUAGUUUUUAAUCUUGGAAGCAAGAAUGAAUCUGCUCCGACAUCCGUUAAAAGAAAAUCUAUUGAUCAGGGAGCAGUUGGAAACAAUGACGUUGUAAAGAGGCAGCGAAGGUGGAACUCAGAAGCACUCAAGGUUCCUGAACCGCAAAGUGGUAGUAUAGUUGGUUCUAUCACACCUAAGGAUCCAUUUAAGCCUGCUUUCAAGCGUAGCUUCUCUAGAUCUGACUCUACAGCCAGUGAAGAAAUGCUGAAGGAGCGUGUGGUUCCACCAUCAGCAAAGCCUCACACUACUGCUCUCAGAAUUGAUAAUUUUCUGCGCCCUUUUACUUUGAAAGCGGUUCAAGAACUCCUUGGAAAAUGGGGCACAAUCAUCAAUUUCUGGAUGGAUCACAUCAAAACCCAUUGCUAUGUUUCUUAUUCUUCUGUUGAAGAAGCUGUAGAAACUCGUAAUGCAGUUUACAAUCUCCAGUGGCCUUCAAAUGGGGGACGCUUGUUGGUAGCCGAGUUUGUUGAUCCUCAAGAAGUUAAAACACGGGUUGAGGCGCCUCCCCUUUCUCCUGCAACUCCUUCAGGUGGUGCUCCUCCUAACUUUUCUCCUGUGCAACCCAAUGUGCAACCCCCCCAGCCUUCUCCACGCCAACAGGUUCAGAGGCAGCAUCCUCCUCCACCUCCUUCACUUCCUCCUCCACCACCGUUGGGUAACCUACUCCCUGCCAGGGAACGCCCACAACUAGAAAGGGAACCCCUGCAAAGGGAACAGCCACUCCCUGCAAGGGAACGACUUAAUCUUCCGCCACCACCGCCUCCACUUGCCGAGAAAGUUGACCCCCCAAUUGUCACUUUGGAUGAUCUCUUCAGGAAAACGAAAUCGACCCCACGAAUCUACUACUUACCAUUGUCCGAUGAACAAGUUGCAGAAAAGCUCAAGGCACAGGGGAAGAAUGCACAGCAUUAGAGAUUAGGCUGUACUUUUAGCAAAGCUCCUCCUCGAUUUAAAAUGGAUCGGUUAGUAUGUAAGAUAAUGGUUAGAAGUAUCAUGUAAUUGCGUCUUUGCAGGUCUGCAGGUGUUGAAUGUAGGAUGUUCCAGUUACUCGAGAUGCUGUUUGCCAGUUUGAAGGAUUACAAUCGAGAUUCGAGUUGGAAGUUUAUGCAUUGUGCCUUGGUCAAGUUUUCAUUUAUGGGUUACAUACUGCUCUAUGGCACAUUCUCUUUCUAGACCAAAUUGGCAUUACCAAUUUUUCUAUGCCCCUAUCCGCAUCCGAAAUUCCAAUGGAUGAGAGACAUUUAAGAACAUCAUCUGGUUUCGUACUUCUGUAUUUAAGACCAAGGAUCAUUAUUAUUAUGGUGCUUAGGGAUUUUUUAUUUCGUAAGUUGACAAUGAAGUUUUUGAUGGUAUGAUAUUCUGUCGAAUGUGUGUUGCGUGGUUGAA